GUGACAGUCUGCCCGCCGCCGCCACCCCUACACUCUUCUAUCGCCCCUCUGUGCUGUCCAUCCUCUGUUCACCCUUCAGUAUUUGUUCAAGUUCUGUAUUAUCGCUCUUCUGCAUUCUUGUAUCAUUAUCUUAUCUGUCAGGUCUAUUUGUACAAUCAGGAAAGUUUUCUUAAUGCUUGUCUCUCAGAACCUUAUCUUCCAACUGUCCACCCACUUCAGUGUUUCCUCACUACCCUGCCUGUCACAUCGCUGUUCACACAGCCCCUCGCCAUCUCUUAAAAAGCCUGACACUAAUUACCCAAAGCACUAGAUUGUCAACAUUUGUUAUUCUUCCCAUGUGGAAACCACUGACUGGAUAACAUAGAGCCAGUGUACUGCCACGAAGUAUUUGAUGGGCAUGGCAUGGAAGACCAAGCAAGCUGCUCUCCAGGACAGUCUGGAGAUUGCUCUCGACAAGGCUCUGCUGGACCCUUCGACCGCCCACAGAAGACAUGUAAAGCUCCCUGGGACUCUGAGAUGACCCACUUCUUCAUCAAUGAGUACCGCAAUGUUAGUGGAAUGGUGACCAAGAAGCGCGAUGCCUUCCUGCACAUCUCAGACAAAAUGAACCAGAAGGGGUAUGAUGUGACACCCUACACUGUGGAGAAGAAGUGGCACAACCUGAUCAAAGCGUACAAAAACGUCCUCUACCGAGCCAUCCGUAAGGGUGACGAGAAGAUCAGCUGGGAGUACUUUGAGGAAAUGGAUGAUAUCAUCAAGAACAGCACCCCUUCCUUGCCGGCCCCAGGGAACCUGAAGCGACUAGCCAUGUCCCGCAAGGUGAGCCCCAAUCCUGUGGCCUCCCCAGCCUCAGGACCCGAGACCAUAUCAGUGACCCCAGACUUCCUACCCAGCCCCCCCUCCCCCGACGUCACCACCCCCAAGACUCUGCCUGCCUCCUCCCCUUCAGUAGCGGAGGGUCCCAGUGCUGCCCCGUGUGCCCCAUACAGCUUUCCUGCCGGCUCCUCGUCCACAAGGUCUCCCCCCGGCCACCUGGCAACCAGCCCCAUUUCCUACGUGGUGAACCCCUCCCAUCCUUCACUUCCACCAUCCGAAGCUCAACACUCCACUAGUCAUCUGCUUCCCCUGGACACCACCUCCCAGCUCCACCCUCCACACUACACCCAGCACCACUUCCUGCCUCCCAUUGCCACCACCCCCACCAUGCACUCCCAGCCACCCACCAUCCUCAACACCCCCACCGUACCGCCGCCACUGCCACCACCUGUUUCAUCACUGGACCCCCAGAGUACAACAGCAGUGUCCCUCGGUUCUGAAAACUAUGUCACCUACACCCAGCCAGGAGAUGCCCCAGCCCCCACACAGGUAAGCAUAGCCUCGGAACAGCCUGCAGCAGACCCACAAGGUACAAAUACUGCCAGGGACGACGAGGAGGUGCCCAAAAAGAAGACCCUCCUCUCAGCCAGCAAGAGGAAGAAAUGGAGGCAGAGGAAAGCUAAGCUCUUCUACGGCCGGUUCCGUCGCCCUGACUGGGAGCUGCUGGUGGCCCAGAGGGAGAUGAACAUGCAGCUCAGGUCACUCAACUCAAACAUCCGCAACAUUGGCCACACUCUCAAUGAGAACAUCCUGGGCCUCAAGCGUGCUGUGGAGCGUAUGGUGUCCAUCAUGCUGCAGAACAAGGCCGCCUCCAGCUGAAUCUCUGUUUGGUGUAAUUUUUCUCGUUUGGUUCCAACAGUAGAUGUCGGGCUCAUCAUGUUGUGUGUGCGUGUGUGUAUGUGUGUAUGUGUGUGUGUGUGUGUCUGUGUGGAUGUCUCCAGCCAGCCAUUAUUUGAUUUACUUUGAUUCCCAUCAGUCCCUUGGGUGGGAAGGUCUGGCCAGCACUGGAAGGAUUAGUGGGGAAAGCAGCGUGGAUUCGUCCUUUGUCGUCCAGGAGGUGCCCUGCCUAGCACCUCAUUUCCCAGCAAGAUCAGACUCUUCUUGAAUUCAGAUUAUCAUAUUUGUUGGUUAUAGUAAAAUUGUAGUCACCAACCUGACACAGACACCAACACAUGCCAAUAGUACAAUGUAGCUUACACACUUCCCAAUACAAGCCAUCUUUCACGUCCUCUGCUCCCCUGCCAUGUUUCAGCAAGAAGCUGCUGAAAUGACAGUGUGUGCUUCUGAUUAUUCUCUUUCAUCUUCUGUGUCACAUAAAGUCUUGGUGAACUGUGUGAUCCUUCAUCUGUAUAAGCUGUGUGAUACAGUGCAACCAAAGGGAAGGAAUUGUGAUGAGCUAGAAGAUAUGGAAGCUCUUCAGCAGUGAGAAGCAUAAUCGUUAACUGCUUCCUUUACUAAUGGAAAGUUUGUGAUUGAAUCUGUGUAUAUUCUCCUACAAAUUACUUAUUAGAGAUGUGACAUUGCCUGAAAAGUUAAGUGAUGAAGCAUUACUUUAGACAUUUUACAGUAAGAGGAAGUUUCAAGACAAAAUAUUUAGAUAAUCUUCCCUUAGGAGGAUUAUAAACUAUGACAGUGUGAAAAGAUUAACUAUUUGUGCAAAAUUUACGUACCUGCAAGAUCUCAUCGAAGUCAAAGCAUGCAUGAAAAAGACAAAAGUGACAAAAUAACAAGACCUUCUGUGCCAUUGUAUGGUGACAAUCUUGUGUUAAACCAAGCCAAGCCACCAGUGAUGUUCAGCCUCAGUCCAGUCAGCUUCCCACCACAGCACUACAGAAACAAGCUCACUCCAGCCCUGGCAGGACACUUGUUGCUGCUGGGUGAACAAAUGAACAAGGAGUGUGGGGAGCUGAGAAACCCCCCACCUGUCCCGUCCAAUCUGGGAAUGAAGUCCUGGUACUCUCAUGAGGGUAUUGAUCCCUAAGGCAGAGGCACCUGUCGGUGGUGGUAAUAGUGGAGGUAGUGUAGGUUGUAUGACCUGAUACUGGGGUGUGUGUGUGUGUGUGUGUGUGUGUGUGUGUGUGUGUGUGUGUGUGUGUGUGUGUGUGUGUGUGUGUGUGUAAGAUGGAAAGUGAAGUGCCAUGGUGAGAUGACAUCACAAAGUGAGAAUAGAGGUGUAAUUUAUCAAUAUGAGGAUGAUCUUUCUUGAAGAUAACUGUCCGGUGAAGUGUGUGUGUGUGUGUGUGUGUGUGUGUGUGUGUGUGUGUGUGUGUGUGUGUGUGUGUGUGUGUGUGUGUGUGUCAUUGGUUCUUAGCAGUCCAGUAUUAGAGGCGCAGCUUCACCACCAGAAGGAGACUGUGAUAGCAGCAAAUGGGACGUGGCUGCCAAUACUCCCAAGGUGUGGAAGGGACUUUCUGUUUUGGGAACCUGUGUUUUGAAACUGUUUGGUGCUGAACCUGACACUAGUGUUAAUACUCAUUAGACACGAUACAGAAACAGUCCAGUUGCCCGCCCACAACGGAGAUACAGUGAUAUGAUGUACGCUCCACUUGUCAGACUAGAAUGCCCCCUAUUGUGAGACUACUUGACAGACUUCCUCUUCCCUACCAGUUUGUUUGCAGCCGUAGGACAGAGAUAUACGUAUUCAGUUCCUUUGAUCCCGAGGAUGGCACAUUCUCGGUAUAGUGUCUCUAUGUAUUUGGAAACCUUCCUGUAUAGUGUUGAGGUGCCAUAGACUGUUCGUGUUACUGUAGUUUAGCCAUUUUUCACUUUUGAGAUGCAAGACUUGUAUGAUAAUGUAGCCCGGAGGUGUGCCAGGGUUACUGCACUGUUUUAACGUUUCGUAGCACAGAAUUUUUUGGAUCCGAUGUGGUGCUGUGUGACGUUGGUUAUGCGUUGUACAGAAAAAUCAAAUCACUUUUCAUAAUAAUUCUCUACACGUCCCCCAAAAGGUCCAAUGUUCCAAUGUAGUGUUGCCACUCCCUUGCUCCCCAUAAAAGAUGACCACCACCCAUGAACCACUGCCGCUGGACCCCAGAGAGAUACCGAGUGUUUUGUGUCUAGUGUCUGAGUUGUGUGUUGCCAGUGCAAGGUUGUGUUGCGGCAUCAAGGCCCCACGCCAAACAAUACUGUGUGCAUUAUGUGUUCCGGUAAUGUUUGUGUCAUUUUGAAUACUGUUCAGACGAGAAAAAUCCAUCCAGAAGCUCAAAUCUUUACUCCCAAACAAUGAGACUUGCUUCAAAAGGGGGAUUUUUAUGCAGGAAAGUGCACAGAUAGAUGUUGAAGACAGAGGUGUGGGAUGUGCUACUGAUCCCUUGGACUCUACGUUUUUCAUGUCAAUGUGAUGUCAAGCAAAUUCCUUUUUCACAUCUGUUAAUUUUUUUCUUUUCUCUCUCACUCUCUCUCCUGUAUGUUAGGAUUACGUGGAGAGCAAUAAAAAGACGACCCGGGAGGGAGGUGGUGGAGAGAGGUUAGGGCAUUAGUCGCUCUCGUCCCAUAGCAAGUUAUUUCUCAGACUGCGCACUUGGAUUUAAGUUUUUACUCCCUCUGUUACAUACUUUAAUAAUACAGGGCUUUAUAUUUAUAGUUUUUAUUGAUGGCUAGUGAAGACAUCAUAUUUUCUCUUUGAUAUCAUAGCCAGACUUUUACUUAGUUGUACUGACUCAUUGCCUCAGCCUGUGAAAAAAAGUUACAAAAAUACAAACAACGCUUUCUCUUGUCAAUGCUUGAGUUGCUGGCGAGGACUCUGCUUGUCUUUGCCGAGGAGCCGCAUAUUUUUAUUAUGCAAAUAAAUUAUAUAAGCUUUAAUUAUGAAUAAUGGUGUAAAAUGUGAGAAGGAUGUCAUUCUGAACUUGUAUUUUUUUGUAUAAUAGGAUGAAAAAAUUUA